UGUUAGUCGUCCAUGAUGCUUUCGGUCGCGUUAUGUGACAAAGCCAAAGCUGUCAACAAUCCUCCUAUGGAAUCAGUAGACGAAGAACAUAAAGAAAUGGAAGAUGAUGUGCCAUGUCCUUACAAAUCGUGGUUCAAGCAUAUUAGAAUAACGAAGAAGGGCAGUUAUACGGUGAAACAUUUUAGAUCGCUUAAGAAGAAAGGGAAGAAAAAAUCAAAAUUGGGCAAAACCCGAAAACAUUUGAAGAAAGGUUCAUCUGCACGGCCUUGCAAAAAACGCCGUUUGUCUCCACAGUAUUGCAAGGAACAUCAUUCGAGUGCCCAUUCUCCCAAAGGAGGUCAUUCGCCUGCCCAUUCUCCCAAAGGAGGUCAUUCGCCUGCCCAUUCUCCCAAAGGAGGCCAUUCGCGUGCCCAUUCUCUCAAAGCAGGUCAUUCGUCUGGCCAUUUUCCCAAAGCAGGCCAUUCGUCUGCCCGUUAUCCCAAAGCAGGUCAUUCGUCUGCCCGUUAUCCCAAAGCAGGUCAUUCGUCUGCCCGUUAUCCCAAAGCAGGUCAUUCGUCUGCCCAUUUUCCCAAAGCAGGUCAUUCGUCUGCCCAUUCUCCCAAAGCAGGUCAUUCGUCUGCCCAUUCUCCCAAAGCAGGUCAUUCGUCUGCCCAUUCUCCCAAAGGAGGUGAUUCGUCUGCCCAUUCUCCCAAAGGAGGUGAUUCGCCUGCCCAUUCUCCCAAAGGAGGUGAUUCGCCUGCCCAUUCUCCCAAAGGAGGCGAUUCGCCUGCCCAUUCUCCAAUAGGAGGUCAUUCGCCUGGCCAUUCUCCAAAAGGAGGUCAUUCGCCUGGCCAUUCUUCAAAAGGAAGUCAUUCGCCUGCCCAUUCUCCCAAAGCAGGUCCUUCGCGUGCACUUUCUCCCCAAGCAGGUCCUUCGCGUGCUCUUUCUCCCCUAGAAGGUCCUUCACGUGCACUUUCUCCCCAAGAAGGUCAUUCAUCGGCACAUUCUCACAGAGAGAAUAAAAGACAGAAGAUAUCAAGUUCGGACAGUAUCGAAACACUUUUGCAGAAAGAUCAAGAGCGUAAUCGUUAUCUUUUUCCAUACGACUUGGAUGAGAUGUGGUUGGUUUUCUGUGAAAAAUGUGAUAAUUUCUGUUUUCCUCACGCUUUAAGGACCCAUGAAGAAAUUAGGCAUGUAAGACCUCAAGAUACUGCAGCAAUCCAGUAUCAGUUUUAUCAAAAGAAACCUAUACCAGUUCCUGAGUCAAAACCUUUGAAGAAAAAAUAUGUGAGGAAGGGAAGAAAAAAUGCUGUCAGUACAGAAAAACCAGAACCAAUGAAAACAGAUGAUUUGAAAAAUAAUGACUCUGAAGUUCAUUGUUCAGAAGCUAAUGACGUUGAAGCUGAUGAUGCAGAAGAUUUUGUGGUAGCCGAUGAGAAAUCUAACGUCUCUAAACGUGCAAAGCCUAAAAGGAGAAGGAGACGGAUAACGUAUGGGACAAAAAGACGAAGACCGAAAAAGGCUCCUGUAGUCUGUGAAAAAACAGAGGAAGCCUGCUUACAGAAUGUAACAGAAAGCAUUAGAGAAGAAUCUAGUGACAUAGAAGACAGUUCCCAAACUAAACCAGGACGUUCUGUAGAUGAAUCUGAUGACAUAGAAGACAGUUCCCAAACUAAACUAGAAGGUUCUAUAAUAGAAUAUGAAGAUGGCGGAGAAAUUGGUUUGGAGACAAUGCCAGAAAAUUGUGUAGAAGAGAAAUAUGAAAGUGGUAUGGAAAACACUUGGAAACUAUUAACAGGAGCUUCUGUAGAAGAAUAUGAAGAUGAAAUGGAAUCUCCUUUGCAAGCUGUGCCAGGAAGUUCAAUUGACAUGGAUUUUAAAGAUGAAAUGGAAUCCACUUUGGAAGCAAUGCCAGGAAAUUCUAUAGAAGGUGAAUUCGAUGAUGAAAUGCAAUCUGUUUUGGAAGCAAUGCCUGGAACUUCUGUAGAAGAGGAAUAUGAAACUGAAAUGGAAUCUCCUUUGGCCGCAUCGCCUGGAAGUACCAUAUCUGCAGGAGAAUUUGAAGAGGGAAUGGAAUCUACUUUGCAACCUAUGCCAGGAAGCUCUGUAGAAGCUGUAUAUGAAGCUGAAAUGGAAUCUAGUUUGGAAGCAUUCCCAAGCAGUUCUUUGUCAGAGGAAUAUCAAGCUGAAAUGGGAUCUAGUUUGGAAGCAUUGCCAAGCAGUUCCUUAUCAGAGGAAUACCAAGCUGAAAUGGGAUCUAGUUUGGAAACAUUGCCAAGCAGUUCCUUUUCAGAGGAAUAUCAAGCUGAAAUGGGAUCUAGUUUGGAAGCGUUGCCAAGCAGUUCCUUAUCAGAGGAAUAUCAAGCUGAAAUGGGAUCUAGUUUGGAAACAUUGCCAAGCAGUUCCUUAUCAGAGGAAUAUCAAACUGAAAUGGGAUCUAGUUUGGAAGCAUUGCCAAGCAGUUCCUUAUCAGUGGAAUUUGAAACUGAGAUGGAAUCUAGUUUGGAAACAUUGCCAAGCAGUUCCUUAUCAGCAGAAUAUGGAACUGAGAUGCAAUCUACUUUGGAAGUGUUGCAAGGGAGUUCUUUAUCAGAAAUUUUGGAUACUUGCAUUGUGACGUAUUUACCAACAUUGCCAGAAAAUUUUACAGGAGGAAUUUUUGAAAAUAAUUGGCAAACCAAUAUGCAGCCUGUACCUUCAAAUUCUUUAGGAGAAAUUUUCGAGGUCGGCGCCGAAACGAAUUUACAGCCUAUAUCGGCAAAUUCCAUAGGAGAAAUAUUCCCAAAUCCUAUGGAUACCAGUAUGCAAUUCAUGCCAUCAAAUUCUUUAGAAGGAAUUGUGGAGAACAAUUAUGGAACCAUAGAAUCCAUAGCCUCAAAUACUUUAGGAGCGAUAUUCGAAGAUGAAUUGGAUUCUGGUUCACAAUCUAUAGCUGAAAUAGGAAAUUUUGAAAAUGGCAUGGGAACCAGUACUCAGAGUAUGCCAGCAAGUUCACUUAGAGCUGUUGAAAAUGAUGUUGAAAUCACUUGGAAAAUUGAACCAGCAAAUUCUAUUAGAGUUGUUCAUGAGAACGGAAUGGAAACUAAUUGGCCAAUUAUGUCAACAGAUUCUGUAAGAAUGGUUGUUGUGAAUGGAGAAACAAGUUGGCAAAUUAUACCAGCAAACUCUGUCAAAGUUAUUCUUGAAAGUGGUGUAGAAGCUACUUGGCAAUUUGUUGCAGCAAAUUCUGUAAAAGAAGUGGAUAAUAGCCUGGAAAGGAAUUGCCAACUGAAAAGAGCUGUGAAUUCCUAUUUAAAAGCAGCACGAAAUUGUCUGAUAAAAUAUCCAGUAGAUGUUAAAACUCUGCUGUCUCAAGUUUUUCAUAGCGUUUCCUUUCAAUUUGAUGUUUCAACACCUUUUGGGAAUUCUCUGAGAGCAAACUUAGCGAUAAAUCAGAGUUUAAAAUCUAUGAAGAUGUUCCCAGUAUCUCGAUUGAUCAGGAAUUCCAUUGCUUAUAAAGCAAGAAUUUUCUUUGAUGUGGCCAUUCAAAAUAUCUGUCGCAAAAUGAAAGCAAGCCAUUUCAAAAAAGCAGAAAAAUAUAUAUCCCGUUGUAUUGAUGAUGGUGUGUUUGAAAAUUCAAGUAUAGGUUAUAGUUUGCUUUCUACACUGAGAAGACUUUAUUUAAAGAUUUGUGCUGGUUCACCUGGAUUUCAAAAAGCCAUUGAGCAUCUGAACAAAGAUAAUGAAGUUUUUGGAAAGCUGCGAAUUAGAAUGCCUGCGAAGAGAUUCUAUGGAUAUCAUAUACACAAAGGAACUACUUCCAAGUUGAGAUUGGGGAAAAAGAAAAUUCAUCAUUUUACAGAGGUUAAAGCUUUAUCUGAAUGUAUGGAUGGCUCCGAGCUUAACAGGAAAGGUCCUCGUCUUCGCGAGAAAAUCCGUUCAGGUUGGAAUAAGAAAUUGCGAGCUGAAAUGAAGCAAAAAUCCCGUAGGAUUGGCAUUCAACUGGAACGAGAAGCUGCACGUAAAGCUGAUCGAUUUAUAAAUAAUGUGCAGAACGUUAGUUUUGCUUCUAUAAAUCUUGAUAAUGUCGUCAAUCGUGUCAAUGCUGUGUUCGAAUCUCAAGCAAAGAGGCAAAAAGAGGCAUUUCCUCUUUCAAAUUAUAAAAGAGUCUGCGACUGGAGUUUUACUAGAGCUUCGCAGACAACUUGGAACACUUGAGACGUUCACCUCGAGGAUUCGAUAGGCGACUUCCAUGGCUUUCUCCACAGUGAUUGGUUAUGGAUGCUAAAAUAGUUUGAACAGAAGUUGGCAGUUGUUACAGCCUACAAGAAGAGCUGCUGGGAUUCUAUCUUUUUGGGAUGAAAAGUAUAACACUACUAUUUAUCUGGUGCUUUAAUAAGGCAUCAAGAAUUUUUUAUGCUGAUGAGCCCAGAUGAAAAAGGACUAUUAUAAUUAUCUGGUGCACUCUGAAACAAAGCAAUUUUCUUUUUGGUGGCUUUUUUUCUGAUAUGUGUUAAUGUUCAAUGUAUUUAUCUCUUGUCAAUGUAUUCUGUUUAACUUUAACAUAAUUUUCCAAAGAAAAUGUAAUUAUGAUUCGGAUAUGCAAUGGAACCCUGCAAAGGCAUAUGAUAUGAUGUUUAACCCAGAUGAGAAAAAAAUAAUCCUCAUUAUUAUCAGGAACUGUAUUAUUUGAUUUCUCAUCUGAAUUUCAAAAUGAAAGACUCUCAUUUUUAAACAUCGAUUUACAACAUGUAAGUCUUCAGGCAGAGGAAAAGUUGAAGAUAAGGGAGUAGGAGCUUGAAAGUGGGCUAGAAUAAAAACUUCUCAUCAUGACCAAAAUGGGUGAAAUGAAAGAGCAGCAAAAUCUGUGCCAGAGUAGACUGCAUUUCCUUCUGAUAUUCUUUAGGAUGAUGGCUACAGAGUAUUGAGGUGAAAUAAAUUCCUUGAGAGUUUUAUGAGUUAGAAAGCGGGCUAGAAUAAAAACUUCUCAUCAUGACUAAAAUGUGUGAAAUGAAGGAGCAGCAAAAUCUGUGUCAGUGUGGACUGCAUUUCCUUCUGAUAUUCUUUAGAAUGAUGGCUACAGCCAUAGUAUGAUGAAAUAAUUCCUUGAGAGUUUGUCUGCAUUUACCAAAUUUUCAUUAAUUGAAGAAUUUUAAAGGAUGCGAUUGUAAUGCCAAAAGUAAAUUUAAAUACAGUUACAGUUCAAGAUUCAUUAAAUCUUGUUAAACGGGAGAUGGACCCUUCUGAACUGUAUAAACAGCAUUGGAAUUAAUUAAAAAAAAAACAGUUGAAAAUAUUUGUAAGCCACUUUAAAAAGAAAGAAAACCAGCAAUUUUCCUUUCAUACUGAAAGAUUAAUACUUUUUUCAUUUUUUCUAUAUAUUGAUUAUUUUGAAAUAAUCUACAAAGAAGAGCAUAUGAAAAAGGAAAUGUACUUCAUUUGAUCUCUCAAAGAAUAGUAAUUUAUAUUAAAUAAUCAUUCCUGAGAUAUGAGGAAAGAUGAGAAAAAGAUGAUGAUGUUGUAAGCAAAUCUGGCGACAUGGCAUUUCAAUAAAAACAAUAUUUUGCAGAAAGAAGAAAUGUUGUGAUGCAGCUCAACGCACAAAUGACAGUGUUGAUUUCAUGUGUCCCUUUCUCUGAAAUGUUCAAAGGAGAAUAGUUGGUGGGAAUUAGAACACAUGCAGAAAAUUGCAGUAAUUUCCUGUAGUGUUUUGACAAACAAUGGAUGAGAAGGCCCCAUGUUAGCAAAUCUUACAUCAUAUCAAAAUAAGGCCUACUUUUAAAUAAAUAUAAAUAAAAUUGUUUUAAAUUUAAACAACUUUUUAUGGAAUUUCGACCAAUAUGUUAAAUGUACCAUUACAUUAUAGCUGUUAAUUAAUUAGGUAGUAGUACUGGGUGAUGAGCAUUAAUAGUUUUAUUUCAUUAAGCCUGCAAUAUUUUCAAUAAUUUUUUUUAGAUUUAAUAUGAAUUUUCUACAUGCCUGCUUGGCAAACGUGUUUGAUUUAUAAAAAAAUUCGUCAACAAAAACGGCAAUGAAGUAACUUCCAAAUAGUGAGAUAAUAAUGAUAAUUUAAAAAUAUAUAUAGGAUUCCUGUGACAUAUUUUAAAAUAUUCUGUUUUCGGAAUAUUAACUCGGAAGUAAUAACAUAUAUGUGAAAUAUGUUGCUUUUCAAAAAACUUUAAUUCAAGAAAAAUGUUAUAUUAUUUUUAUAGAAUAAAACCAGAUAUUUUAACUGAUUUUAUGGAAUGGAAAAUAUAAUUUUAUCUCAAUUAAAAACUAUGUAAACAAAUUCAGGAUUUUUUUUUUCUUUCCAGCUAAAAUUCAUAUAAAUUAAAAUACCAGACAAUUAUUAAUUUAAGUAAAUUGAUAUAGCACAAUUUAGUUAAAAUAAAGCUGCAUUUUAAAGACACAACAGCCUUUUUUGUGAUGGAGGUUCCUACUUAUGAACUGUAUCAGAUGAUAAGAACCACAUACUGAUUUCACUUUUCCUCUAGACUUGUAUGCCACACCUAUGUGAGAAUGUCUGACUGUCGUCAUUUAUUAUUGCAUGCAGCAGACCCCCAUGUAUGGUGAAUCUUCAAUGGACUCAUUUGAUCUUUAGCAUUUGCAAACUGUUGGUUCCAAAGCAGAAAUUAAAACAUUUGGUAACCUAACAACCUUAUAUCAAUUAAUCAUAUUUGUCUGCAUUAUUUUAUUUUGAUGAGAAAAACUGAAUGUUUCUGUGUCAGUGUCAUAUAAGGUGAACAAUAUUGCAUAUUUCAUUAUUGAUAUACUAAGCUAUGUAUUAUUUAAGUAUAUAAAAUUUGUGUACUUAAAUAAUACAUUCAAAGUAUAACAAAUAAAUUGUGUAACAUUUAUGCAUGUUUUAAUUUAUUGAUGUACAUAUAGUAAGCACAUUAUUGUAUAUCUGUAUUAAAUACAUUGUAACUGUAUUAAAUGUACAAUAAAAUCUUUUAAAAGGCAA